AUGCUGCGUUCACGCUCUCUAUUCCUCGCUCAGAGAGCCCUCACCAGGACGUAUGCGACGGCCGCGUCUCCACACGCGCUCGUCUUUCUCGAGCAUCAUGAAGGCCAAAUAGCACCUGCUUCGCUCGUCGCGCUGACCGCCGCUCAAGAGCUGGGCGGGGAGGUCACAGGCCUCGUCAUUGGCAGCUCGGAUCAAGUGGGCGGUAUUCUCGACCAAGUCCAGAAGCUGAAAGGCCUCCGCUCGGUCCUCCACUCGUCCUCGGAGCAGUAUGCGCAUCCAAUUCCAGAGACCGUGUCGCCCCUCCUGGAGAAGCUCCUCGAGAGCGGCUCGCCAUACACGCACGUCGUGUCUGCCCACUCCUCCGCGGCCAAGGGCCUCUUCCCCCGCCUCGCCGCCAAACUCUCCCUCCCCACCGUCUCAGACGUCACGUCCCUCUCCCACGACCCCUCCUCCAACAGCACCACAUUCACCCGCCCCAUCUACGCCGGCAACGCCAUCGCCACCAUCCGCGCCCCCGCGUCCGUCCCCAUCAAACUCUUCACCGUGCGUUCCACCGCCUUCUCCCCCGCCCCCGCCGACUCGGCCGUCUCGGCCGAACUCAAGGCCCUCGACCCCGUCGCCGUCACCGACUCCCCGACGGAGCACGUCAGAAUCGACCUCACCAAAUCCGACCGCCCCGAACUCGGCGCCGCGACCCGCGUCGUGUCGGGCGGCCGCGCGCUCAAGAACGCGGAGACGUUCAAGAAGACGCUCGACCCCCUCGCCGACGUGCUUGGUGCGGCUGUCGGCGCGUCGCGCGCAGCUGUCGACGCCGGCUAUGCGGACAACUCGCUGCAAGUUGGUCAGACGGGCAAAGUCGUCGCGCCCCAGCUGUACAUCGCGCUCGGUAUCUCCGGCGCUAUUCAACAUCUCGCGGGUAUGAAGGACUCGAAGCUCAUUGUCGCGGUCAACAAGGACCCAGAUGCUCCUAUUUUCCAGGUAGCGGACGUUGGUCUCGUCGGCGAUUUGUUCGAGGUCGUGCCAGAACUGGUGGAAAAGCUGAAGAAGUAG